ACACGCUUUCUUUUUAUUGCCCUCCCUUGAUGUUAAACAGGAUGUCUCUAUGGAUACAGGGAUAAACAGAUGAUAACAAGCCCCCAGCCCUUUAAAGCUCAAUUGAAAAGAGAGUAAAAAUGUAGACGAGAGAGAGAGAGAGAGAGAGAGAGAGAGUGAGCAGGUGGUGCUGACCAUAGCCCUGUAUAUAUAGAGAUUUUUUUUGUGCAUGGGUGUAAGUUCAUGUGUGUGUAUAUGCGUGUGGAGUAGCCGUGCAGGAAGGAGCAGGGUGCCACAGCAUAGGCAGGAUGGCAGAGAGCACAGAUGUGGACCAGCUGCUAAGUGCCUUUAAGAAGUUUGCUGUUCAUGGAGACACCAAAGCCACAGGGAAGGAGAUGAAUGGCAAAAACUGGGCCAAACUUUGUAAAGACUGCAAAGUUAUCGACGGCAAAAACGUCACGUCUACUGAUGUAGAUAUUGUCUUCACUAAAGUCAAGGCAAAAUCAUCUCGGGUCAUCACGUACGAGGAGUUUCAGAAAGCUCUGGAAGAACUGGCCCUGAAGAGGUUCAAAGGUCAAAGCAAGGAAGAAGCAUUGCAGGCCAUACUCAAGCUAAUCGAGGGCAAGGAACCCACCAAUGUUGGUGUAACGAAAGUGGCAAAGGGCGGAGCAUUGGACAGACUAACAGACACUUCCAAGUACACGGGCUCUCACAAGGAGCGCUUUGACGAGAGUGGCAAAGGCAAAGGGAAAAGCGGACGUGAAGAGAUCGUAGAGAACACUGGCUAUGUAGCAGCAUACAAGAACGCAGGGUCUUACAAUGAAAAGACCAAAACCAAGUGAAGGUCGCAAAAUGUGGAACAUGUGAGGAAUCAGGAAGAGCUCCAUUUCCAUCAGCACUUAGAGUACAUUUGGACCAAAGGCAGACCUGAACUUUGUCAUGAUGGAAGCCAGUGAUUGUCGGGAAAUUAUGUAAACAGCUGUGUAUGGGGUCCGUGGAUGCAUUUAUUUAGAUGCAGCAAUUACUAUUGUGUUGUGUUGAGAUGUUUCUGCACAAUAUGUCUUCAAAUGUUAACAUAUCUCUCUAAAUCUGGCCAAUUUUAAUAUUCAUACCAAAGCAAAACAAAUUCUUAUUUUUAUUUUUUACAUUUUGAUGUCACAAUUUUAGGUUUCUACUCUGUUAAUUAAUGAAGGUGACCUGCCUGCUCACAAAGCACUGGAUGAUGAAUUGUUCAGUUAUUAAUUAUAACAGUCUUCAUUUCUGGGCUAUUUUUUAUUUCUUGUGUUAGAACUCAAGCAGUAAAGAAAAAUAAGGCAUUUUAAUGUCGAAUUCUAUAUAUGAAAAAUUAUUCCAGACAAAUCGGAAGCUAGCUAGUGGCAUAGCCAGGAAUUAAUUUCAGGGGAAUGUGGAAAUAUGCUCAAUAAAAUGACUGCAUGGAAUUUAAUUGAUAACUGUGACCUGCUUCUGCAGUUUGGGUGAUGGGAGGCAGUAGGAGAAUCAGCGAUUGUAUUAAGAAUUUGUCAAUUCAUUAUUGAAGGAAUGAUUUACCAAUAUUAUAAUUAACAGUUAUUCCACAAAAUCGAGUCAUACAUGAGCUAAUAGCUGAUGAGGCUCGUAGCACCGAGUUGGCUAUAAGCCGUUGAUGAGAUUGAGUGGAAUAACUGUUUUAUUCUAUCCACAUUCACUGGAUUUUGAGAAAAGGAGCAUUUUUAUUUUUAUUUUGUGCAAAUUCAAUAAAUAAAAACUAUGCAAAAUGUCCAACAAAAUUAUGUCCACUUAGAAUGUAAACAAACCAUGACAGUAGCAAUUUGUGAAAAAUGCUAUAAUAAUAAU